CCGCGUCCAAUUCCAUAACCCCAAGUUUCAAGGUGCAUGAUGGCGAAUGCAGUGCUACCUCGGGGCCAAAAAAUUCACGAUGGACAAUUCUCGAUUCAAUCGUUAUUUCGAUGGCAGUGUGGCUAUGUUUAUUUUCGUACACCGGACGUACUGCAGUCCUUGGCGUAGGUAUGAGGCUCGAUUCUACUGGUCGAUUACAUCUACGGAUUUCAGCCCUUUCUCACGCAUCAGGAUCUAGCUCGAGAUGUUUCGGCAGGGUUGCAUACCCCACCGACCGUCUUAUAAGGCUGGGCCCCCUCAGUAUAACAAGAUCAGCCCACGACCCUCGACACUCUCUUCGCCUUCUCCAAAAUGAAACCGGGUACAAUCUAAUAUUCCAAUGUUCUAGCCAAGUCUCCUUUCAAAAGACAAGGUUGUUGUAUGGCGCCUAUUCAUUGUAAGAGUUAAGUCUCUUGUAACGGAACCUGCGGCCACAGGCCCCUCUAAAAAGUCAACCAUGGAAGUGGUGGGCUCAGUCGCGUCUAUCGCGCAGUUGAUCGAGAUUACCGCCAAAGUCUUCCACUAUUGCGUCACGAUAAUUGGCGCUUCGAAGAUGAUUGACGAGUUGGGUCGUACUUCGAGCGUAAUGGUACAGUUACUGUAUGAGGUCAAACGACAGGUCGAUGCGGACGCUUCCGCCGGCCGUGGCCGCCCUCUGGGACCUGAUGACUUUGUUCGAGAGUUACAAGCUUGCAUGAUUGACCUAUCGCGACAGUUCGAGAAAACAAGCUCUAAGGGGCUCGCGCAAAAAAUACGUUUUGCCCACAUGGAAAAGGAUAUUCAAAGAGCUAUCGAGAAGGCAUCGCGUAUGAAUGGCUUUCUUAACUCGUGGCUUACGCUAGACAUCAAGGAGACAACCAAGUCAAUUGACCGUGGCGUUAAAGCCCUCAACAGCCACGCGGAAGAGGAGAUGAUCAACGGGAAAAUCGACGACAUCGUGAAGCAUUACGCUCCUAUCAGUUUCUCCGAGAAGCAUGGGAAUGUUGUUCAACAGAGGCAGGAUGGCACCGGUCAAUGGUUUCUAGAGUCAGAAGAAUUCCAGGAUUGGAUGCAAUCUGUUGGGGGAACGAUGUGGUGUUCAGGGGCGCCAGGAGCUGGAAAGACAGUCAUGGCUUCAAUAGCUAUCGAGUAUAUUCGCGAAAAAGUGCGCGAGGCUGGAGACGGCCGUCUUGCGUUUCUCUACUGCGACUAUCGCCAACGUCAAGAUCAAAAAUCAUGGAUGAUGCUGGGUAACCUUUGGGCGCAGUUCUUCCGACAGCGUGAUCCUUCCGCCACAGAGGUCGAGCAACUCUUUGGAGAAAUAGCAGCCCGUUUCGACUUUAAACCAACUAGGACCCAGACUCUCAAUAUGAUCAGAGAUGAGUUGACAAAUGGCUCACCAGGGAAGACUUAUAUAGUUGUUGACGCCCUCGACGAGUGCGCGGAUGAAAACGAAAGAAACGGCUUCAUUGAUAGCUUACGCAGUUUGCAACCCUUGAUAAAUGUAUUGGUUACCUCCCGGACGACUCAUUUCGAUAGUGUGGGUUUUACCAAUGUGCAAGCAUUCCGGUUUAUACCUACGAAUGAAGACAUGAGCACUUAUAUAAACGCACGGAUACGAGGAUCGAAGAAGAUGUCUGGCUACGUGCAACGAAAGCCGGAGCUCGAAGAAGACAUUCGAAAGUCGGUCAUUGAAAGAGCGAAUGGAAUGUUCCUCCUAUGUAGGAUGCAUCUUGACUCCUUAAGCAGAGCAAUCACCCUCAAAGACUUAAAAAGGGAGAUGGGCCGGAUCCCGAAAGGUGAAAAUGUAAUCAAGGAUACCUACGACCAAGCAAUGGAGCGGAUUCGAGACCAGGGUGUGAACAUAGAGAAAUUUGCUCUACAAGUCAUUCGAUGGGUUUGUUUCGCAAGACGGCCGCUGAGACUAGCAGAGCUUCUGUGCGCUCUCUCUAUCAGUCCGGAUGACACAGAACUCGACGAAGACGCCAUUGGUGAAGAAAGUGAUGUUACUAACUAUUGUGCUGGUCUAGUAGUUGUAGAGGGAGAGAGUAAAACCGUGAGAUUUGUUCAUUACACCACACAAGAGUAUUUCAAUUCGCUAAAGGACACACCAACCUUUGCUCAUAGCCAUGGGGAAAUAGCUCUAACUUGCAUUUCCUUCCUCGGAUUUGACGACUUAACUCUGUCGACAAACGGGCCCUUGUCCCAAAUAUGGUUUCCACAGGAAGAUGCGCCAUUCUUUGCAUACGCAGCUUUACAUUUCGGACAUCACUACGCACAGGAGUCUAACAUUCCAAAUGUGGAAGAGCCGACCUGCCUAGAAGAUAUCAUGGAGUUAUUACUAAACUUUCUUCAACGCCCAGAGCAUGUCAAACGCACGGCCACUUCGAUACUCAAGAACAUAGGGGGUAGUGUUUCUGCGAUUUUCGCCGACCCCUGUCUUAGAGACGACAUGCCUGCUACAGGUACCACAAUAGACCUAGCUGCGUUCUUCAACGUGAUUAAGGGAGCAUUUGACAAUCGCCCAUUCGGAGUAAAAAUCGAAUGGUUACUAAAGAUCACCUCCACGACAGCAGACCUUGGCAAAAAGCGGUUUGGAAAUUCGCUUCAUUGGGCAUGUCUUAACAACUCGGUCGAAUCGAUGAAGAUUCUCCUAGAAACUCCAGAACUUGAGCUAGACAUAAACUUAACAGUUGGACAUUGCUUUGGCUGGCUACCGGCAAUCGUUUCGGUCGCCUAUACUUCUCUCGGUACGCUCCAGGCGCUCUUAGACCAUGGCAUCGAUAUAUACAAGAAAUCCGCACAAGAAUUAUGUACGACUCUCCUUGAAGAAGCUAUAUGGUGGGCCCAUGCCGUGAAGGGACCCGACAAGACGAUACUGAUAGAGGCGAUAAUGCAGAGAGAUGCGAACGGUAAACUACUACUCUUACGAGAUGCUUACUCCAGCACAGCGCUCAUGGAGGCAGUGCGUACAGCAGACUUUAAUAUCUUCGAGUGUGUCAUGAAACAUCACAACAGGAUCGAAUCAAUCGAUAGAAGAAAUGAGGCAAUCCUUACUUGUGAUUUCCAUCGGAGAACGGUGCUACACUGGGCCGUCGCAGAUUCUUCUCUCGCCUUUAAAAUUUCCGGUGGAGAAAAGACUUCGGGUAUCCUUCGCAUACUCAUGACGCUGCUAGACAGUCCAUAUGCAAACAUUCUCCUGAAAUGGCAAGAUCAAAAAGGAGAUACGCCAUUCGAGGCGGCCAUUCGCCGAAAUAACAUCCAAGCCGUAGACACUAUCCUCAAAAAACAUGACGAGCAUAAUUUUCCUGACUUUUACCCAUCCCAACUAGUGUCAGGAUUGAACCUCGCUGCCCGGGUUGCAAGCUCUCCUGUAAUCGAUUUGCUGUUAAGUAGAAUGAGCGACGACCUUCUCCAAAACCCAGGUACUGAUAGCGCAUUACACUAUGCUGCUGGUGGAAGCAGACCCGAAAACACAGAAUUUUUACUACAAAAACUGAAACAUCUUUACCUUUACGGUUCCCUAGGGGCGAAUGAAAAUAGGCCUAUUCACUACGCGGCGGCAAGCGGCAAUAUUGACGCCGUAAUGGUGCUGUCUAAACAGAAAGGAUUCAACAUUGAUUGCCAGAAUGACCAAGGCCACACCGCGCUACAUCUAGCCGCAAACCAAAACUUAAUUGACAUAUGUUCGAAUCUCGUAAAGGCCGGCGCGAAUAUCAAUGUUAUAGACUCAAAUGGCCUCGCUCCGCUUGGAAUCGCUAUCAAGAAACGCUUCCCAGAAAUUGUGCGAAUCAUGGCCCGGCGUCCAAUAACGGAUCCUAUCAGCAUCGACGACGACGAUAUCGCCUGGAUACGGCAGCAACCAUGGGGGAACGCCCUAAUUCACGACCCUGCUGGUCCUUCCGACUCAGCUGCAGACCCCGCGAUAUGGCCAAGAGAGGAAAGCGACAUCAUAACGGCGGCGCUGUGCCUGCAGAGGAAAUUUAGGGUAUCUAAACAUAUCCACGUAGCAUCUUACAUCAUAUCUCGCAUCCUUGACCUAGCGCAAUACUGGGUCAAAUCCACUAGCAUCCGCGUUAGCAUCGAGAAGGGCGGUGAGGUGCGGAGAUGGGCCGACCCUCUAACACCAUACAUCACGAGCAAAGCCAUCAACAGCCUCUCCUCCAGGCCGGUGAGGCGCAUCGUGUUCGAGAUCACGAGCCACGACCAAGGCUACUGCUCCGACCCCAGCAGAGGCGAGAGCUGGACUUGGUUCACGGCCGACGUCCACCGGCGCGGGAACACCUUCUCGCAGAAUCUAGCUAGCCCGCAGGACCAAGGCGGUACUACGAACAGAGAGAUCUACCUCGUGCAUAAUCGGGGCGCCAAUAUACAGUGGCAUAUGCAUACGCUAUCGUGGAAUCUUAAUGAUCACACAGAGACGGAUGCCGAACGCGAGUCUUGGAUCAAAGCUCUGGGGCCGGGGGAUAGAAUCCUGGUCUUGCCGCACGCUCGGUAUCCGGGCUGGGAGAAUUGGGUUCGCCGAGUGAGAAUCGAUGUGUAUACAACGUGUUUAAGGAGCAGUGCGAAAAGCUGGGUGCAAUAAGAAAAUACGAAGGGUUGGCUUUAUCGGUUUAACAAUAUCUUGUAUUAUACAAUACCACGAUCGCAGUUCGGAGGCUUCAGGGGCUUGAUGUGUAUACCCACCUAGGUAGGUACCUACUAUAAGUCUGGUAUUUUCGACGAUGCUUGAGCAUGUUGGAUGUAGGAUAAAGCACAUGCAUUAGUCCUACGUGGCUUACAGGGUCCAUGUAUAUGAUUAUCCAAUAGGAAGCGAGGAAGAAGCGCAUCGUUAUAACACAGGACCUGAUGUUAUCCAAGAACUAGCAUUAUCCAAGGACUAACUUGAUGAUAGCUACUAGUAGGUAUUUACCAUCGAACCAAACAACGUUUUCCCCUUAACGCUCGACUUUCUCAACGAAGCCUAGCUGUUUGAACCCAUCAUUCUUGAUAGCCUAUGUCGAUUCGAUGGCUAGCUACUUUGGACAUGCAUAGGUUAGAUACGGUAGCCACGCACAUCUUCAAUGAGUAAGCACCGAGGCUGCAUAAACCCUGACUCUUAAAAGGGUAUAAAGGCCUUUUUCUU